UCUGUCGACUUACUUCUGCGAACGUAAUGUAGGGGGGCAUAGAAAUUAGUAAGAGACAGCAACAUCAGAGAGAAAGAGAUGAAUUCCAUAAUGUUGCCAUUUAACAAGUGAUUAAAAUAUUACUAGGUAUUAGUUUUACAUACACCAAAACAAUUGGCUCUGUAAUUUAUUUUUAUCGUAGUUAUGUGACCAUUAUUUCGUACCUGGCGUUUUGGUAUGAAUUACAAAAUUUUAAUUAGAAUAUGCAUUAAAAAACACUAAUGGUAUUGGAGAUACGGUUGCCAUUAAAAAAAAAAAACCGGUAUCUGAUUUUUUAACUUUUGACGUUACAAGAAAAAUGUCCGCCAGCUCCCGCGCAGCAUUUUGUCUUGUACUUAAGUUUAUUUGUAAUUAAUAAACUUUUUCCACUUAAUUCUACAUACAUCGUUAACGUUGAGUCGAGAUUACUCCUCCGUAACCGUGUUUUAGUGAAAUUAGGUGUGUGUUGUGAGAUAUAGACUCGGUGUUGAGACAGUGACUCUUUGAAUUUGUGUUUAAUUGUCGUGAUGAGUUCGAGUAAAGAAAACACUAGAACCUGUUGCAUGUGUGUAUCUUCACCUUGUAAAGAUCCCAGUAUCACUUUGCAUCGGUUCCCGAAGCCUGGCACUAAAAAUGUUAUGCGGUGACAUGCCGGCUGAAGCUGUGGCAACAGCAAAUUUAAUUUCUGAUAUGGACCAGUUAUUUGACGGUGUAAAUGCAUCUACACCUGAUUUACGACGAGGUAAAAAGUUUUCAACAAAUAUUAAAAGAUCUACAGAACAUUUGCAAAUGUUUACAAAAAUGAAACAUUUUUUUAGUUCACUGGAGUUUUUAGGGUGUAAGGGUAAUCCACCAUCGAAAGAAGGGUGGAUUUGGACCCUUAAUGGCAUUGAAAUGAUAUGGAGAACAUUUAGCUCCAAAUACAAGACAGUCGAAAGUCUGUCUACAAGAAGGCUCCAGCAGGAUCCACUCGAAAAUUUAUUUGGAUGCAUUCGGUACAAUUGUGGGUCUAAUAAUAAUCCAACAGUUGCACAAUUUGUUGCUGGUUUAAAAACAGCUGUUAUAAGCAACAUAGCACACACAAACUCAGGUAAUUGUGAAGCUGAUAGCAACAGUGCCAUUAUUACAAAUUUUAAGACAUUGCUGACACCAGCUCCAGACCUAUGCACUGAAACAGAGCAAUGUCAUAUGGAAAAGGAUAUUGAUGAAAAUAUAACUUCCUCUCUCGAAGAGAACUUGGAGGAAGGAAGUGGCGAAGUACAAGCAUGUGCAUAUGUCUGUGGGUUCAUUAUUAAAAAAAAUAAAAAUAAUUGUAGCCAUUGUAAAAAAAAUUUUGUCUCCGAAACCCCAGAAGAAGUCCAUAAUUUCAUUGAGUUCAAAAAUUACGAUGAUGUAAAAAAAUCACUUACAUACGCCUCAAAAAGUUUAAUAGCUUGCGUAGAAAAAAGUGCAAGCGUAAUAAAUAUAUUUUUAGAAAAAGAGGCGUAUAAGGAGGAUAUUAAAAAAAAAGCAAUACAGUUAUUAAAGGACUCAAUAAAUUAUGGCUUCCUGGAAGAUUGUGUAGAGCACAAAAAUUACAACAAAAUGUAUAUUAUAAAUAGUGUCUUCCACAUUGUUGUAAAAAGGUAUUGUAUUCAGAAAAAUAGAUUUUAUGCUGAAGAGUCUAGUAAAACUGCACUUAAACGAAAAAUGAACAUAGUUAUGCAUAAAUAAACAAUAUCACUAGCCGAUAAGUACUUUUUAACAUAUAGAAUAACAAUUUGAAUAGAACUAAACAAGGUGACCUUAUUCUUCAAAGAAAGUGCAAUCUAUCACGUCUAGAUUUUGUCUAAUCUACUGUUAAAUUCCUGAAAUUAUAUAUUUUUUUCCUUAUUCUGCGACUUUGUACAAAAAACGUUUGUAUUGAAAAAUUAUUAAUAAGUAUAAUAUAUGAAACAACAACAAAUCUUAUUCUCAUCAUAUCACUUUGAAUUGAUUUUCUUGAACAUUUCAUCACUGAAUUAUGGCAGUUUGAAAUUUAAACAGAAUCAAUAGAACAUUUUUAAUAUUGGUCACAUGCGAAAAAUCUCUAGAAAUAAACUGCCAUAUAUGUCGGCUAUAGAGAAUGUUAAAGUAUCAAUUCAAAGUGCUAUGAAAGGAUUAAACUUUAACUUUUAAAUUAAUUUGUUUAAAAAUAUACUAAAUGGAAUAGUUAAUUUUAUAUUAAGCGAUAUAAUACGUUAAAAAAACAUUUAUGUAGACCAGUGUAAUUUAUCUUACCAACGAAUUGAGUAGGAGAGUAUUGAAAUUAAAAAUCUAUUUCUUCCGACAGUUAGAUAAUAAAAAAUAUCGGACACGUAUUUUUAUAUUUUGCUAUAUAAGUAAACAAUCCUUAUCCUCACUUCCUUACUAAUAUUAUAAAUCGGAAAGUGAGUUUGUUUGUUUGUUUGUUCCGCUUUCACGCCGUAACUA